AUGGCCACUCAAGUUACGCCGUCAAAGCAGGCGGCUGCAAGCCUUGAGAACCUCAAGAUGAAGGACACCUGCAGUCCUGUCAAGAAACUGGACUUCGGUGUUGAGAACAAAGAAAACAUGCCCGUCGCCCACGAUGCGGUCGUCAAGCCCCAGACAGAAGUCGAAAAGCCCACCGUCUCUGAAGUCAACGCACCUGCGGAAGGACCUAAAGUCGCACCUACUAUCAAAGAGCUGGAAGCGGAUGAGCCCAUUCUUCAAGAGAACCCUCAUCGCUUUGUGUUGUUCCCUAUCAAGUACCACGAGAUUUGGAACAUGUACAAGAAGGCUGAAGCUAGCUUCUGGACUGCGGAAGAAGUCGACCUGUCCAAGGAUUUGCAUGACUGGCACAACCGUCUGAAUGACGACGAACGAUACUUCAUCUCUCACGUUUUGGCUUUCUUUGCUGCCUCUGAUGGCAUUGUCAACGAAAACCUGCUUGAGCGCUUCAGCGGUGAAGUCCAGAUCCCCGAAGCUCGCUGCUUCUAUGGAUUCCAAAUUAUGAUUGAGAACAUCCACUCCGAAAUGUACUCUCUGCUGAUCGACACCUACAUCAAAGACAACAAGCAGAAGACUUAUCUCUUUGAUGCCAUCGACACUAUCCCUUGCAUCCGCAAGAAGGCUGACUGGGCCUUGAAAUGGAUCUGUGACCAUGAGUCCACAUUCGCUCAGCGACUGGUUGCAUUCGCUGCCGUCGAGGGUAUCUUCUUCUCAGGCUCGUUCGCUUCCAUUUUCUGGCUCAAGAGCAAGGGUCUCAUGCCUGGUCUGACUUUUUCGAAUGAGCUCAUCUCACGUGACGAGGGCAUGCACACGGACUUCGCUUGCCUUCUCAUCCAGCAUCUCAAGCACAAGCCGGACCCCAAGCUCAUCGAAGACAUUAUCACCGAAGCCGUCGCCAUCGAGAAAGAGUUCUUGACGGAAGCUCUACCUGUCGCAUUGCUUGGUAUGAACGCCAAGCUUAUGCAACAGUACAUUGAAUUCGUCGCCGACCGAUUGUUGGUGGCGCUCGGCAACAAGAAAUACUACCAUGCUCAACAACCAUUUGGCUUCAUGGAGAACAUCUCUCUUGGCGGCAAGACCAACUUCUUCGAGAAGCGCGUCGGUGAUUACCAAAAGGCCGGCGUGGUGAGCUCCACCAAGAAACAGGAGAAGGGCGCAUCUUCGCCUAAUGAAAAAGUGGACGAGAGCAACGGCAUCAACUUUGACGAAGACUUUUAG